ACUGUCUUACUUAUUUGGUCAAUUUUUACAUUUGAAAUGAAAUAGAAUGGAAGUUUGUUGAAACAGUUUCACUUUUACACUGUUUUAUUAAGAAUCAAUAGGAUUCUACAAUGGCAGAAAUAAUAUUGAGUGCCGGUGAAAAAACUUUUAUUCUUCAUGGUGUAGAUGCAGACUCUAGGAAUGAUGGCAGAAGGCGAUGCGAAUAUCGAACUAUGGAAAUCGAAACUAAAUUAAUGCCACAAACUCAUGGUUCAGCAAGAUUACGUAUUGGAAAUACUGAUAUACUUGUUGGUAUUAAAGUAGAACUUGACACUCCAAAUGCUGAUACACCAGACGAAGGAAAUUUAGAAUUUUUUGUUGAUUGCUCUGCCAAUGCGACUCCGGCAUUUGAAGGAAAAGGUGGCGAUGAUUUAGCAACUGAAAUAAGUAAUACUCUUGCAAUAGCUUAUCAAACACGUAAUGCUUUUGAUUUAAGAACACUAUCUAUUUUACCUGGCAAAAGAUGUUGGAAAGUUUAUGUUGACAUAUUGGUUCUUCAAUGUGGUGGAAAUUUGUUCGAUGCAAUUGGAGCAGCAGUUAAAAGUGCACUAUAUAGUACAGAAAUUCCAAAAAUUAUAGCAGCUACACUUGAUGGUGGUGAACCAGAUAUUCAAUUAUCAGAUGAUGCAUACGAUUGUAUUCAGUUAGAUACAAAUAACUGUCCAGUCAUUGUAACACUCUGCAAAAUCGGAGAGAACUAUGUAGUUGAUCCUACAUUGGAAGAAGAAGUAUGCAGUGCAAGCAGUAUAAUUAUGUCUGUAUUACCUAGUGGUAAAAUUUCAUCAAUAGUUAAAUUGGGUUAUGGUAGCAUUCAGCCCGGUACUUUCAAUAAAAUGUUAAAGCUGGGCCAAAAUAUUGGAUUACAUUUAAAUGAAGGCAUAAUGAAAGCAUUGAAUGAAGAAAGUCAACUUGGUACAAAAAGAGAAAUAUUUGGCUUUCUUAGAUGAAAUAUGUAGUCACCUAUAUUUUGUAUAUAAUAAAUACAUUAUAUUUUAUUCAAUCACAAA